CAUUCAGUGACAAGUCGAUCGUCGCGACAACAGGACGUGUUCAGUUUACCACCAUUCCUCGCGCGAUGUUAUACUCGUAAAACGAAAUAAUAUUGAAUUAAAACUUACUCGAUUCCUACUAUUUAUUCCUUCAGUGUAUUAAAAUAAAGGAUUGGAAGGAAAAACAAAUAGCUGUGCCGGUAAACUAGUUUCUAGACUGUGUUUAGAAGUAAAUACUUAAUCUUUCAUUAUCGUAUUAAGGAAUUAGUGAGGUGUGGGAUAGAGUGUUCUUAUCUACGAUUUGAAGUGCGUGAGGCUCGUGCGCUGCGGAGCUUGAUGCGCGGGCGCGCGCCGCGCUGGCGCGUGGCGGCGGGCGGCGCCGGCGCACUGCUGGCGCUGGCCGCGCUGGCCACCGCGCUGACCUGGCAGACCAUCUUCGAUGCUGUGCUCGCCUCGCAACUGACGAUGACCCCAACGUCUCGCUCGUAUCACCAGUGGAAGCAGCCACCAGACUCCAUCCCUCUCUACUUCGAAGUCUACCUCUUCAACUGGACCAACGCUGACAAGUUUCCUGAGGAGGUGCCCAACAUGGUGCAGCUGGGUCCAUAUCGCUUCCGUGAAGUCCGGCAGCACGUGAACGUGACGUGGCACAACCACAACGGCUCGCUGGCGUACCGUACACUACGCCGGUUCUUCUUUGACGCCGCCACCAGCAACGGCACUUUGAAGGACAACAUCACCACGCUCAAUGUAAUUGCUGCUUCAGCCGUCUACAGAUCCAGGGACUGGGGCUUCCUCCGCCAGAAAGGCCUGUCCAUGGGCCUGGCGAUGUUUGGCCAGGGCAUCUCCGUAUCCAAGCUGGCUGGGGAGAUCCUGUUCGAGGGUUACGAGGACCCGCUACUGGACCUGGCUAAAAGUCUGCCACCCAGUGCCACUGGAGGCGCACCGCCUGUAGACCGGUUCGGGUGGUUUUAUGGGCGUAACAACUCCCUAGACACUGACGGGUACGUGGAGAUAUCGACGGGAGUUGACGGGGCGCUGCCGGGGCAGAUCCUGCGGUGGAAUCACGAAGACCACAUCCCCUACUACAGCGGACACUGUGCUCAGCUGGCAGGCAGUGCAGGCGAGUUCCUUCCCCGCAACCUAACAGAGGAUUCGCAACUGAUGAUGUUCGUGCCAGACCUGUGUCGCACAGUGCACAUGGACUACGUGCACAGUGGGGAGAUCGCGGGGCUGGAGUACCAUAAAUAUGCUCUCUCACAACGCAGCUUUGACAACUCGACGCUGUCACCAUCCAACACUUGUUUCUGCAAUGGCCAGUGUGCCUGGAGUGGCGUCAUGAACGUGUCUGCCUGCAGGUUCGGCUCGCCGGCGUUCAUCUCUCUGCCACAUUUCCUGCAUGGUGAUCCGGUACUACUCGACAUGGUGACAGGACUGAACCCUGACCCUGAAAAACACGAGUUCUAUUUCGCCAUCGAGCCUAAGCUCGGAAUCCCUUUAGAAGUAGCGGCGCGAUUCCAAGUCAACGUACUCAUAGAGCCAAGCCCAAACAUAGCUCUCUUCGAAAACGUACCAAGAAUGCUGUUCCCAGUCUUCUGGGUACAAGAAAAAGUGUUGAUAGACGAACAAAUCUCCGCGGAGCUCCGCAUCGUGCGCGCCACCUUGGAUUGGGGCGCGACUGUGUGCGCGUGCGCAGCGCUCGCGUUCGCCGUGCUCGUUGCCAUGGCGACGUGGUGCAUGAGGAAGCAUGUACAGCAUGAUUUGAAAUUUGAGAAGCCGAAAGACGAGGCGGAGUUGAAACUAAAUCCGAAAUGAGGAAAAAACCCUGUCAGUUUGAAUCGCGCGCGAUGCGAUGAAUAACGCGCAUUUUGGUCAACAUAAGCAAAUACUGUCUACGUCAUACGCCUAUUCGUCGCACCGCGCGCGACAGCGUGACCGUGCAGUCCCCGCAGUUAUACCUAAAUAAUGAAAAGAGAAUUAGAACAUUGAUGUAUAAGGUAUUAUAGUUGAAUAAGAAAGAAGCUUGAUUGGUGAUAGUUCAGUAACGCUACGGAAAAUUAUGUGGCGUCCGGCGGGGAAUAAGAAACGAUAUAAUCUAGCUAUAACUAAAAUAAAAAGAAAUAUAUAUAACGACAAUGGUACUGUUUCCAUUAUUUCACGAGUGGUAUUAAACAGAUAGCUAUAUGAAAACAUCUAUAAACAAUUGAAUAUUUUUAAAAUAUGACCAUAACAUAGGACAUUAUCUUUAUAAGAUAAGGCAGACAAAAACGCCAUGUGACCUUGGUACCAUUAGACAAUAAUAUUAACACGUUGACAGUCCUGUGACCCAUAUACGGGACGUGACGGUCCGUGACCCACACAUGAGUCACUAAGAAACGACCAGGUACGCACUAAGGGCGGGUGGACUCAUUAUUUACGUUUUUAACAGGAAGUAUAAAAAUUUAAGUAAUAUACGGAACUUACAAGGAAGUCAGAACAUUUUGUAUGGGGACUGUCAACGUGUUAAUGCUGCUGUGGCAAUAAUUGUACCGUUGUACCAUUAAUUGUACUGUCUAGUCGGACCGUGGUACAAUUACCGUGGUAAAGUUACCGUGGUAAAGUAGGGAACACAAGACAAUAUAAAGUAAACCCAGUUAAAAGAGUGUGCCAUAACUAUGUGAAGCAGGUGUACCUAGAUUACCUAGAAUUCGCGCCAUGAAAUGUCUACCGGCUGGGUGCGCUGGCAUCGCAGUAUAUUAUGCUAAAUCUGUAUACAUUAUAAUUAUUGUAACAUUGGCACUGGUGGGUUAAAAACGCCACAUUAAAGCAAUUCAUCUAAAAAAGUAAUAUUGCUAUUUGACAGUUGUUUGCAUUGCGCGCUUACUUUUAUGUGCACAAAUGUCACAUUGCAAUAUUGCUUCGUUGUGCAAAUGUCAAAUUGCAAUAUUGCUUCGUUCUUCUUUUUAGGUGAAUUGCUUCGACGUGGCCUUUUUAACCGGUGAUCCCUGUAAACACCUCCUAUUUUUUCAUUUUAAGUUAUACUUGUCAUUUUAUUAUGCGCCGAAAAGGAAUGCGACAGAUGACUGGACAGCUGUUAAAUCUAGAAUAAGUGAGUGAAAGAAUUAAUAACCCGGCAAAUCAAAUAGGCGUCUCGUUGGUUUCACGUGUACUGCCGACAUAACCUUGUCGGGUUAAUAUAGCUAUUGUAAAUUUCUGAGAGUUUCUGUCUAAAAUUGACGUUUGUUUCAUAAAUUUUAUGCAUGUCAACUUUGAUCAUUAUAUUGGCCUGUCAGUCAUCCGUCCCUUUCCAUUUCGCUGGAUAAGAAAAACUCCUAUUCCCAGCAGUCUUACCGAGUAGUCUUACCAGUUGAACUACUGGGAAUUUCCUUCCCAAUAGACUUACUGAAUAGUAAGACUUCGCUUUUCCAGAUACUUAUAAAUUAAAAUAAAAUUAGAUGUGUUUUGGAAUCAGCGCCAUUGUAUGAUUUGGCUUGUCAAUUAGUUCCAUUUAAAUCCGCGGAACUUGUACUCGCGAGUAUUCUACGUGUUAAUUAUAUAUUUUUUGUAAUUAUUCAAACUGACCAAAGAUUAAACUGUACGUAGAAAUAAAUCAACUAUUUUCUAUGUAUUUAAUGGACUAGUGUUUUCUAUUUAAAGCUUGCUGCACACUGCAGCAGCACUAUUUUACAGCGGAUAAGAAUAAACAAUUAUUUUUAUAAUGAAAAAUAUACCUGUUGAUAGGUAUCUUUAAUUAUAUCACUUUUAUCAUUCCUAAGAGUAGUUAGUAUAGUUCCCUUACACCUUAAAGUAUUGUUGACUCAUUUUAUUUUAAAAUCAUCUACAAAAUAAAAAUGAAAACUUAGUAUUUACGCAUUCCAACGUUUUACAUAGUAUUUCAGUAAUUUUAUGACAUUUAUUAAUAGGAACAAUAAUAUAGGUUUAAUUUAGAGACAAUAGUUAUAAUAGGCGUUAUUUUUUUGUAUUCUGUGAUAGUGUGUUGGAUAGAAUAAGCGAUAUUAACUUUACGCCUAGUAUUUUACUAAGAGAACGAUGACGGAGAGAAACAUUGCUAUAUUAUUUUUCUCAGGCGUUUUUUAUUUGUUUUUAAAGUGUUAUUUCAUCCGAAUCUUAGAUGUAAUCUCUAAAUACUCCUUUUGUAUAUUGAAAUAUAACAUGAAAUGUUAUUAUCAGUGUGGCUGUGAAUCACAUGCACGCAUAUAAGUAGGUAACUACCUACCUAAUUUUCAUAUCAUAUUUAAGUAUAAAUUAAAAUUAUUUUGUGCAGUUAUGGACCAAAUCAUCACAUUUAAAAUAAGUACAAUUUAGAUUUAAAUAUAUUACUAACAAUAACUAAGAGUGACUUUUAAAGAUAUCAGAUUUUUUUACUAUGGAAUAAUGGAGGUUGGCAGGUUGGUAUCAUGGUGUAAGAAGACCAGGUAUGCUCAAAACUGACAGCUAGCAUUUCAAGGUUAGCCCAGCUGACGUCAUCUGACCCUGGGUUGCCAUUUCGUAAAAAAUAAAUUACCCACGACCAAUGUUUUUAAUUUACUUUGCAAGGAAAUUUUGUACUUUUAGUAAAAGAUUUACGUACAGUUUUAAUGAUUUUUGUAUGUGUGGCAAAUAAUAGUAAUUAAAUACAUUAGUCAGUAAUUCACUUAAUCUUCAAUAAUAAAAUUUGCGUCCUUGGAAUGUUGGAGAUACCAAUUGAAUGGUAACACUUACGUCAUCAAUGGACUAGCAAUGGCGGCUUGUCAUAGGAUUGAGCAUACCUGGUCUUCUUAUGCCAUGGUUGGUAUAGUCGAGUGGCUCUAUCUGGCGGAUUUUCUAACACAACGGCUCACAAUGAAACCAGCAGGCUCUGCUCGGGGCGCGAAUUAUAUAGAGGCCUUUGACCAAUAGCCAUUCGACGUCCAUCUACGUAGAUACUAUUAGCUGCAUUUAUUGGUCUAAGCCCUCGAUAUAAUUCGCGUCGCGCGCAGCUUGGUUGUCAUGCAGACCCAGAUCUAUCGUGGACCUAUUCAUUAUCGAUCGAGGAUCAGAUAUUAUAAUACUGAUACCAUGCUAAAAAGAUCCGACCUCGAACCCCUUUAUUAUGUGACAAAAAAUAAUAGUACAUUCAAAAAAAUAAAUAACUUAAAGGUACAAAGUACUUUCAAUGUAGACAGAUAAUUUCUUAUUAUUCCUUUUUUAUUUGGAUAGGUAAUUAUGAUUUCAAUACCGUAAAAUGCUGUAACUUUGCCUAGUAAGUGCAAUAUUGCCUAUUUCAGUUGAAAUAAGAUAUUCCGAUUAGAAUAAACGUCAAAUCGCGUGCAAAGUUACAGCAUUUUACGGUAGUUAAUCCAGUAGGCUCUGCACGCGAAUUAUAUCGAAGCCUUCGACCAAUAGCCGUUUGACGUCCAUCUACGUAGAUAGCAUUCGUAUCGUUUAUUGGUCGAAACGCUCGAUAUAAUUCGCGCGCGGCGCGGUUAUCAUGCAGACCCGGCGUAGUGAGUGUAAUAAGAACAGUGAUACUAUAUUACGUUGUUGUAUAGAUGAAACAACAUUAUGCAACAGAAAAGACACAGACAAACAUACAGCAGAACUUAUUUGUAAUAGUUUCUUCCAACAAAACUGCGAGAGACACACAAGUUUAACAAGGAGAGUUGAAUGCAUUAAUAUUUGCCGAACUAUGAAGAAUGAUUAAGGAAAUUGUAAUAAAAACGUUAUCUUA